UGAAUGCGGCUAUUAGAUUGUUCUGUAGCCUGCCCUAACGCUGCAGUUAGUCAGCAGUGCCGCGCAAAGGGACAGCGCGUUGGAACUCAGCUACAGCGGGAUCAGAAUUAGAAUGCUAUAAUAUGGAUCUCAUUGGGAAAUCGGUGGAAAAACACAUCUUGAAAAGGGAUUAACUAGCAAGAAUCCCAACGAGGCGAUAGAAAAUAAAAACAUUCUUGUUUUUUUUCUUUUCACAUAUUAGGUCUCGUACCCUAUUCUAGCACUAAGUACCGGGGGAUGAUGGGUAGUGAAGACUGCACUCUGCAGAGCAUUUCGUCUCAAGGGGUUGCUCUGGUGGCUUCUCAGUGACAAGCCCUGCUGACACUCACCCAGAAGAUGGAGGAAGCAACGGAGCUGAGGACCGAUGGGAACUCCCUUUUAAAAGCGGUGUGGCUGCGGAGGCUAAGGCUUACCAGGCUGCUGUUAGAAGGUGGUGCGUACAUUAACGAAAGCAACGAACGAGGAGAAACCCCUCUUAUGAUAGCUUGCAUGACUAAACAUGAGGAUCAACAAAGUGUAAGCAAAGCCAAAAUGGUUAAGUACCUGCUGGAGAACAAAGGGGAUCCAAAUAUCCAGGACAAAGCAGGCAAAAGUGCACUAAUGCAUGCCUGUAGCGAGAGAGCCGGCCAGGAGGUGGUGUCUUUGUUACUGGAGAAUGGAGCGGAUCCCAGUCUGGAAGACCACUCUGGAGCUUCAGCUCUUGUGUACGCCAUCAAUGCCAACGACAAAGCGACUCUGAAACACCUGCUUGAUGCUUGCAAGGCUAAAGGCAAAGAAGUUAUUAUCAUAACCACUGACAAGUCACCGUCAGGAACAAAAACCACCAAGCAAUACCUUAAUGUCCCACCAUCGCCGGAAGUGGAGGACAGAUAUUCGCCAAUGAUGUGCAUGUCUCCCUCCGACAUUGAACUGAAAACGUCCCCAUCUCCAAACAAUGACAAAGAACAUGAAAGCAUCUUCAGCUUCCAGACCAAAAGACCUAGCGUCAAUACUGCCACCGCUAUUGCCAAACCACACAACGAACCAGGCUCUCCCACUAGAAAGCCAUGCAACCCCAAGCGGGCCAGGCUGCCCCAGUUGAAACGACUCCAGUCUGAGCCCUGGGGUUUGAUUGCACCCUCUGUUUUAGCUGCUGCUGCUGCUGCUGCACAUGCGGAAGAUUCCAAGCGAACCACGUCGGAGGAGGAGGUCAUUUCAGGCAUCAAUGGGCUGUCACUUCCCAAACGGCCACCUUUAUCGCGACACGACAGCUUCGAAUGCAAGGAAGGGGGGCCCACUUUCCCAUCGGUAGGUGAUCAGUUUUCUAAGAUGACGUCCACGCUGUCAGCCCCGGCCUCCAGAAAGACAUCUUAUGAGAAAUCUCAUUCCCAGCACCAGCCCUUGGCUAGAAGGAGCACCAUACCCGCUGAUCAAGAUAAUGUAAGCAUUUCUGUUUCGGGCCCAGCCAGCCUGCGUGAUACGGUCUACAGAAGAAGACUGGGUAACGACCAUUACGACUCCGACUCCCAGUUAUAUUCGGACUCUGGGUCGGUGUCCUUCGAUUCGGGGAAAGCUCCUUUGGAGAGGAGAAAGCACAACACCUCACCUUUAACUCUGCUGACAAGUUCCCGGGAGUCGCUGGACAGCAUCCCCAGCGCUUCUCCUGGGGCUGUGCGUCGCAGGGCGCCCGGGCUUUUGGAAAGAAGAGGCUCAGGAACUCUUCUGCUGGACCACAUUUCCCAUACCCGACCGGGCUGCCUACCCCCUUUAAACGUCAACCCCCACCCCCCCAUUCCAGACAUUGGCACAUGUAGCAAGCCUUCAUCCCCGCUUACUACCUGCAUCCGGUCCAUAGUACCAGUAGCACCCAGUUCACCUAUGAGAUCGGACCUCAAGUCCAAAAAGAAACUUGUGAGAAGACAUUCUAUGCAAGUGGAACAAAUGAAGCAGCUUACAGAUCUGAGCACUCAGUGAAAGUGCCCACACCUUUUCUAUAUCACACAGCCUCGUGCUGCCCUCCUUAACUCCAAAGGGCCAUAUUUUGAAGCAGGUGCAAAGGCACACCCGAGAUGGAUAAAAACAAUUGUAGCAGCAUAAAAGUAGCAACAAACAACUCAGCUACAGGAAGGAGUCGUUCUGGAGUGUUUGGGCUGUUAUGUUCUUCCUCUCUGAAAACAUCCUAGUUUAUGCCUCUGCACGCACUUCAAAACAGGGCCCCAAGUGUGAGGGGCCUGUCAGUGUGUCAGCAGAAUUAUUUGGGUCAUUAGUACUACAUCAUGUUCUACCAUCGAUCAUGACGUUUAAGAUUUAGAAAAUGUCUUGCAUUACCUGGGAACAAAAUGGUCUAGCCUCAUGUAACAGGAGAGCGUCAAUAAUGAGACUCAGAGGCAAGAAAGCUGCAGUUUAAAGAGCCGGUGCGCAGGUUUAUUAACAAAAUAAAAACCCAGCAAACACAGGAACAAAGCAACUUGCACAAAGGCCAAAAGAAAAGGGUCACACACAACGAAACAGGCUGGGCAUUCGCCUUCACUGACCAUUUCCUCCGUAGCACAGUGUAGACACAACUCACCAGCCCUCCUCUCAAACACCAACCUGUGACAAGGCAUUUCUCCUCCCUUACGCUGGAGCCUAAUUAACCAUCAAGCAUUCAAUUAAGGCUCCAGCCACAUACUCAUGUAUUCUGGCAGGGAGGAUUUUAACCCCCUCCCUAUAUACACACACACACACACACACACACACUAUUUACAUGUAGGGCUUUCGGCCUGCUCCCACUUAUGAAUUCAGGGGACUACAAUCCUGGUCCUCGAGGGCCGGUGUCCCUCCUGGUUUUUGUUCCAACUGUACCCUACAUUACUUAAUUGGACCAAUUAAGUUCUUAUUAGAAGCUUAAUUAGUCCAAUGAAUUAAUUUAGUGUACAGUAAGAACGAAAACCAGGAAGAAGAUUGGAGAGCCCUGUUAUAAAUGGAAGACUUGAUGGAAUGCAACAGCAUACCCCUAUCUGGAUACCAGAAAGUCUCUAAUCUCUCUGUGUAUAUAAAGUGCCAUCUACAGUACAUUACAAAGACCUCACAGGAACAAUGUCAUACCAUAUAUAUAUAUAUUCAUUCCACUGCUCACGUGAACAGAUGUUAAUAUUUCACAAGCCUGUGAAUGUUCUUGACGACUCAUAACAUUACAUGAAAAUCACGACACGGCUUCACCAUUACUUAUGAAUGGAGUAUUCAAACAGUUAAGAGAAUAGACAUGUAUAUAAAAAAAGGUACUUAAAUGCCUUAUUAUGUAUUGACUAACAUAGUGAAGUAUGUUAUGAGCGUUUGUAGAAGUCCAGUUGCUUCUGCUCCUUGUCAUCAAGUGUAUUAAAGCGCCUUAUAUACCAUUUGUGCGAGCUAACGUCGGCCCCUAGAGGUGGAAAUAUGUACUUUACAUUUAGUGGUCAACGCGGCUUUUUAGUGCUUUUUUGCUUAAAACAUCACGUUGGUGGACCGAGUCCUACAGCAAGUGUGUUUGGAUGUUGUCCUUAUUAUAUUAGAGGUGUGGGACGAAUCUAUCAGAAUCCAAGUGCUACAGUAUUAUUCUGAGCUUCCUUGUCAAUUAGCUGUUAAAAAAACGUAUUCCUAUGAUUGAGCACAUGUUGUUACAUUUUGUGUAGAGUAUGUUCAUAGAUCUCUCUGUGUUCUUAAUAAAUGUGUUGUGAUGUUUCUUGUUAAGUGUCCAGACCGCUGGGUUUGAAGUAGGAACGAGCACUAAAUAAUGAUUAACGAUUCCACUCCACGCUGUGAAAGACUGGAAUAGGGUUAAGAGAGGAAUAACCACUAACACCACAAUUUAAAAACACACAGUUUAAGAAUUAAACAUAAUUGUUUGAGAAUAUCCUGUAUGUACCGGAAAACAUUACUGUGUCAAGUUUUUAUCUAGUAAAGCGUGUUUGAAAUCUGUUACAUGAAAUGUAUGUUUACU